AUGGCUAGCAAAGAUACCUCUCGGGGCACGGUGAACUACUUCACUGAAGAAUUAGCAAAGGAGCACGAGCUGUACUUACUUAAACAUGCUUUGCUAAUUUAUAACGAUCCCGGCCUCUCGCUGGGCCCGCUCAGUGAACCGCCAAACAGGUCACCAAUGCUGCCUACGUAUGUGAUAAGAGAACGUAUUGCUGAUACCGGGGACUGCUAUGUCAUCGCUAGAGGCGAUCAGCAGGGUGAAGCAAAGAUAAAUAGAAAAGGGGAUCUGCUAGGAAGCAGGAACUUCCUUUUUCCAACUUUUACGUUACCAAGCAGGCCUCAUGCAGUCUACGUGCUAGUUAAAGACUUGAUAAAGUGCCUUGAAAGUGCGCUGAGUUCUGCGGAGUUCCUGCACCAGAAUGCGCAACUCUAUGGCGUAAAAGCUAGCCCUGAAGAGCUUGAAUUCUUGAAAGAAAAUCGCCUGUGUUCUAGCGAAGAGGCUAAUGAUGACAUCUGCUUCGUGACUGCAAAAUCUGCUUUCAUGCUCUUCGGUGCUAGGGUAGUUGUGGGCGGCACCAGGCUAGUUGAUGAUUACUGGGAACAAAUAACGAAGGAGCAGGGCUUCCUUCCUCACCACAGAGUGUUCGCCAUCAAAUCGAAAAUACUUAAGGUGCUUCUUACACUUAAACCUUCUGCAACCUCUGAUGAAACAAGCAAAAUCUUAGAUUGUGACAUCCCGAACGAGCCCUCCUAUCAAAUAGUCUCAGAGCAGCCUUCAUGGGAGCUGCGUCAAGAGUACGCGCGUGAUCUUACACAAGGAGAACAUCUUAGUGUCAUAGUCCCCGGGCAAAACAUCACAGGAUCCCUGGAGCUCAGUGCCCAGUUCAAGCUACCAAAAUAUCAUGGCAAGACGUCCCUCCAGGCUGCAAUACAAGCUGGAACGCAGGAUACUCCCAUAGGCGCACUACCCUCCCCCUUCAACACCUCUCAGCCGGCGCCGUCUGAAACUGCCAGCAAAAGUGACAAGCGACUCUUGAGUGGAAUUCUGUAUCCACUAGCGGGCCCAAAGCUUGACAAAAACAGCGGCACUCAAAGCUCGGGGUCAAGCUCUAGUCACGACGUAACCUUGAAUGUGAAUGGCUGGAAGUUCGAGAUGCCUGUGAGAUCAGACCCUAGCGAUACGUGCACUUAUUCCUCGAAGGGCCUUCCCAUCCAUGACAGCUGGUCUAUAGUUGAGCGUCUGAAGAGCUUAACUCCAAAUGAGAUAAACGAAAUGCAGCAUAUCCAUGACUCAGUCUACGUGAAUACUGGCCUUCAAAAAGCCAGACGAACUCGCAAAACAAGGUGGACAAAGUAUUGGCAAUACAAAGCUGGAGUUCCAAUUGGAACUACGCAACAAAAUGCGUCUGCUGUCAUGCAAAAGUACCUCAAGGAACUCGAGACCCACAUUGAAGUUGUCAGAACUCUAGAUGAAGCCAACGAUAGAGAGCAAGUAACGACCAUUAGAAGAGUACCGAAUCCCAACUUCCUUGGGCACUCUAACAUCACAGGUCUAAAACCACCUUAUAUUAGUGAAUAA